AUGCUAAGCUCCAGUCUCUCAGGGUCCGCAAUCAGUGCCCAUUCUGCGGACGGUCAAGUUCAAGGCUCGGAGAAAGCGAAUCAACUCCCCGUGCCGCCACCUGACCAGCAUGGAGACCACAGUGCUGGGAUCGAGGAAGAAGCGGUGACGGUGGAUACUGAAGACGCUUAUCCUUCGCCGACUCUGCUAGUCUUCAUAUGCUUGGCUCUCGUUCUUGCCGUGAUUUUGGUGUCCUUGGACAUGACCAUCGUUGCAACCGCCAUUCCUCGCAUCACGGACGAGUUCAAACAGGUGGGAUGGUAUGCAAGUGCCUUCUUCCUGACCAUUGCUUCGUUCCAGUCCACAUGGGGCAAGGGGUAUAAAUACUUCCCUCUCAAAACCACUUUCUUGGGCGCCAUUUCCACCUUCGAGAUCGGUUCGUUGAUCUGUGCCGUGGCCCAGAACAGCACCACGCUCCUCGUCGGCAGAGCUGUGGCGGGAAUGGGAGCAGCCGGCAUCGCGAGUGGUGCCUACACGAUCAUUGCCUUUUCAGCCCCUCCGAGGCAGCGCCCCGCGUUUACUGGCUUAUUGGGGGCCACGUACGGGUUGGCCAGUGUCAUAGGGCCCCUUUUAGGAGGUGUGUUCACAGACAAGGUUUCGUGGCGUUGGUGUUUCUAUAUCAACCUUCCUAUCGGAGGCUUGAGUGCUGUGAUUAUUCUCUUCCUCUUCCGUGCACCGCCGGCGUCCCAACCUGCGAAAGCCAGCUGGCGAGAGAAGUUCCUGCAAAUGGAUCUCCUGGGCACAUUCACCAUCAUGGCUGCCGUUGUCUGUUACCUCCUUGCCCUGCAAUGGGCCGGUGUGACCAAGGCAUGGUCAAGUGCGGACGUGAUCGGCACGAGCGUGAGCUUUCUGGUCAUCGUUGUGCUCUUUGUCGUCAUCGAGCUCUGGAUGGGCGAGCGUGCGCUUUUUCAACCUCGUCUGCUCAAACAGCGCAACAUCUGGGCCAACAAUCUGUAUGUGUUCUUCCUCGCCGGGGCGAUGUAUACCCUCAUCUACUAUCUGCCCAUCUACUUCCAAUCCAUCAAGAGCGCAUCCGCAGCCCAGUCUGGUAUACGCAAUCUGCCGCUCAUCCUGGCCAUUAGUCGUUUGACUAUCUUCUCGGGCGGUCUGAUUACGGCCACAGGUCACUUCGGAUCCCUGAUGGUCAUCGGAUCGGCCUUGGCCACCGUUGGCUCCGGCCUGAUCUGUACCUUGGACAUCGACACCGGCAGCGGAGAAUGGAUCGGAUACCAGAUCGUCGCCGGCGUGGGGCUUGGUCUCGCACUCCAGAUCCCGGUCAUUGUGAAUCAGGCGCUCGUUACACCGAGCGACCUCUCCAGCAUCUCCGCCGUCACGUUGUUCAUGCAAACUCUGGGCCGGCCGAUCUGCGUGUCCGCAGCUCAGGCCGCAUUUGUCAAUCGGUUGGUGACGAGGCUGUCCGUGCUGGCCCCAAAUGUGGAUGCCAAGCUUGUCGUUGCUACAGGCGCAUCAGAGCUGCGUCACACCUUCAACGAUGAGGACAUUGGCGGGAUUCUGGAGGCGUACAUGGAUGGCUUGAAGCUUUCCUUCCUUUUGUGCACUGUCCUCGCUGGAGUUACCCUGGUCAUCUCAGCAUUGCCUAAGUGGGUAAACUUGAAAGGAAAGGUACAUGGGAGCGGUGCAACAUGA